ACUUGAUUUGAAGUGAGCGGAACAGGGCAACGAUGAGUCCCGGCACCGAUCCGGAUUCAUCUUGUGUAAUAACAGCUGUUGGUUUUGUUGCACAGGCUGGAACCAAACAGCAAAAGUAUGAAGUCUCAUUUGGUCAACCACAAACGGUGAUUUCCAGAAAUACGAUGAUGUAUUCGUCUGGUUAUACAUACAAUAUACCUGGCCCCAUAGCAGCUGCUGAAUUUGUUAAUAUGAGGCGGAGCCUGUGAAACUAGUUAGUUUAUUCUUAUUCCGUAAACACAAUAUCAGUUGACUGGAAGAGGAAACGGAUGAUCUUGUUACAUCGAAUGAAUGCUCUGUGGUUUUUCUUGUAUGUCAGAUAAUUAUUCCACCUACUAUAUCAAGUUUAAACUAACUUCGGGAAUAAAGUUAUCUCGAACUUCAGAUAGUGCUGAUGAUGCUUGUUUGUGGCCAUCAAGUCUCCUUUCACGACGUACACGAUACCUAUGUUAUGUUUCAGAAAAUAUAAAUACAUGUGCUGGACAAAGACCAAUACUUGUAAAUUUGGUACUAGUAGACGAUGGUGAACAUAUUCCUGCAAAUCAUCAAGCGAUAUAUAAUACAAUAGAUACAGGUGAACGUGCUUUAAAAAGAAAAAUUCUUUGUGCUAAAUUUUCACCACGUUCUACAACUUCUCGUGCAAUUACCAGAAUUGGUGUUUACAGUCGUCCACGUACUACAACUCCUGGUUAUACACGUAUCGGUGAUAUCAAUUCGAUUGUGAUUUAUUGUAAACAUACAGAGAUUGGUCUACUUAAUUCAGAAAGAUCAUCUGUUCAAGUAAAACUUCCCCCAUCAGUACCAUCUCGACCAUCAAUUCCAGAUAGAAAUGGUUUGUAUCCAAGUUUACCUUCAUUUCCAUCAUCAGGCAACGCUUCAGCUUGUGAAGCAUUCGCUACAACGCGACGUGGAACAGUACAUCCUCUGUCUGGGAUUCCUUUCGAAUUGAACAAACGUUAUCUUACUGACGAACCAGGGGAAUGCAGAACUAACGGAGCAUCAAAGUACAAGUCAUUUGACGAAAUAGAUUCUGAGUUUCAAUAUCGUUUUGAUCAAGAACGCUUUUUACUUGAAACAUCAACGUGAACGCUUAUCAAACGCAGAUAUAAUUAUAAAACGGCUGAUAUGAUCUAUAUUUAUUUAUAUUUAAUAGUUCUCUUCAACUUUUAAAAAUUCAGAUAUCACAGUUUUCUUUUUUUUUAAUAUUAAAAUAAAAUCGAUGAAAAAGUA